GUCGUUUUUUUUUUUUCAUGCUGCACCCCUGGAUUUUGACGUAAUAGGUUAUGACAUUUGCCAAUCCAUAUCAAGUUUUUAAAUUUCUUUAUUUUCAAAAUAGGGAAUAAAAUGAAGAAAAUCAAACCCAGAUAACAUACCACCAUGCAGAAACUACAACUAACCCUGGCCAUAAUCAAGCCACACGCUGUAAAGAAUCCCGUGGCUCUUUCAUUCAUUAGGAACGUUAUAAAAAAUAAGUUUAUAGUCAUAAAAACUAAACGGGUCUCCCUGGAUAAAGAAGCAGCUGGUAAAUUCUACAGCGAACAUGUUGGCAAGUUCUUCUAUAAUCGGCUGGUGACGUUCAUGACGAGUGGUAGUGUGGACCUGCACAUAAUGGGCCACUCUAACGCCAUAGAGCUGUGGCGCCGCAUGCUGGGGCCCACCUGCGUGUACAAGGCGCAGUUCCAGCAGCCCUACUGUCUCCGUGGCAUGUUCGGCAUCUCCGACACCAGGAACGUUGCUCAUGGCUCUGAUUCUCCACCGUCAGCAGAACGGGAGAUCAAGUUCUUCUUCCCGGAGUUUUCUUUCUACCAAUGGCACAACGGGCAUGAGGUGCUGUACAGGAAAGGACCCAUCAUCUUCAAUGAUCAUCUGUUUGAACAUGUCAGGAAACUGUAAUCAGUCCUGUAAACCGUAGUAACUAAUUGAUUACUACUGGCUUACCUGUAUUCAGUCACUUGAGAAUACUUUUAGGGCGUUGCUAGAUGGCACGGAAACGCUAGUGAACACACUUUUAGGCUGCGUUUCCAGCAGAGAACCAAUAGAAUCACUUCAUUUACCUAUCGGCGCUCAGUGCAUUUCUAGUGGACGAUAUUUUAUUGGUUCUUCUCACAUAUCUUUAGUGGAAACGCAGCCUAACUAUGGCUUUAGUACAAAUGGAAAACUAAAUUAACUCUGGCUUCCCUUAUAACAUUUUUGGCGCACCUCCACUGGAGAGAAAGUCAGGCAAAAUCUAAAUAGAGUAAUUUGUACUUCCAUAGUAGCGCUGGCGCAUGUAGUACUGUAUAGACGCGUAAAGCCCCAUUUAGACAUUUCAAGAACUUGCAUCCAAUAUUCGAUAGAUUUGCGUAUUUGGUACUAUGCGUUGAAAGGCUACAGAUUACAAUGAAUUCAGUCAAUCGAUCAAAUACUGCAAUUAAAUAAAUUUACGGUUACAAUAUUGUGCCAUUUUAGACUCGGACCAAGAUACGUUAGCAGCGAUUUUGAUAGCCCAGACAGUGCAAGUGUUAUUUUAAACGUCAAACAUCUAUGACAUUAUGACGUUUACAUGACCCUGUGACGUUUACUUAACACUUGCACAAGGCUCUCAAAAUCGCUGCCAACUUAGCUUGGUCUGACUUUACGCGUCUUAUUAUUAUAUAGAUAAUAAUCCACAAUGAAAAGUCAUUUUCAUUCACUUCAUUAUCUCAUUAGGUAGGUAAUUUUUUGGGGAAUAAUUCCAAAGUACAGGUUGAUUCACGAAAGCUGGCACGAAUAGAAUGAACGAAACUUUCAUUCAUGAGUGACAUCUGUAUCGGUGUACAGUCAGACCCACAUAGAUGGUAGUAUUUUAUAUAGACAGGUCAUUCGCGUGCGCCCGUGAGGGACAGAACAUACGCAAUACGUCGUAAUAGGGAAUAUUACGCGAAACUGCCACUACCACAAUCCAUUACAAACUGAGGGCUGAGAUAUCUAACCAAUAAGAUAUCUAAAGAGUGAUAGAGAUAUCACUCUUACGUAUUCGAGCGAUAAAGAGGCAGAUAACUAAAUUUCGAUUUUAUCGUUUCCCGGUAGGCCCUUUGUAAACAAACCGCCUUGAUGCAUCAAUGUCAUAUUUUAGUAUCUGUGAAAACUUGUUUAUAGUCCAUGGUUCACGAUAGUGCUGCAUUCUGACGGCAGAACAUUGCAGUAAUACUCCGUAUUAAAAACACGUUGUAUGAUUCCUGAGAAUUCCUUAAUUUGGCCGGGAUAUUUAUUUUGUACCAACCAUAAAUACAUGACGGGGAAUAAAAAAAAGUGAGACUUACAAGGACACACAAUAAUAAUGCCUUCUCUACUUCAGCAACAACAGUUAACCUUUUGACCGCCAAAGACGUCAUAUGACGCGCGCGGCUACAGCCCAAUAUCAAGCUUCAUACGUACUCACAAGGUUCACGAUUACGCGCCGCGUACGAUAGGCGCGGCGUUCAAAAGGUUAAACACUAGAUUCAUGGAUACACACAUAUUUUCAUUCACUCAUUCAUUCCAUUCGUGUUCUUGUGAAUCAACCUGUACCUAUAAAUGAAUAUCUAUUUUAUUUUUUCAUAAACAGCUGAACUACCAAAGUACCUGUUUAGUACCUUAUUCAUGAUUAUAUGAUAUAAUUUAUAUCAGUAAGCUAGUCAACAGAUUCAAUAAAUUUUCGUUGCAAAAAAUAAAACUGUUAAUUUUUUUUUCACUUAUAUUUUUAACACGUUCUAAGUCCAGUGCCCCAUAUAUGGGUCAGGCCGAACUAUCUCUUAUUCCUACACGUCCGUGCCCCACAUAUGGGUCACGAAGAUACGACCAGGGACGCACUUAGAUUAGUGUAACUUCAUACUGCGAGAUAAUAUAAGUACCUAUAAUCUUA